ACUGGUGGCGCCGCCGUGCGUCCUAGAGCGAAAGUAGCGCGCGUGAUAAACCGCCACUUCGCCUUUGCUAACAGUAGCGUUGUGUGCUGGUUUUAGACGCUCGAGAUGUCGAACACAAACUGCUGCAUAGUAAACUGUAGUAACACGUACAAGAACUGCCCACCAGGCACUAAGUUCUUCUGUUUUUCGCGGCGACCGUGCCUUCAAGAUCAACGGGAAAAGUGGAUACGAAGCGUACGCCGCAUCAAUGCUGAUGGAACACAGUGGCAGCCAGCCAGGUGGUCUAGGAUUUGCAGUGCCCAUUUUGUUGGUGGUCAGCUAUCAACGGACCCGUCAUCUCCAUCCUACGCGCCGACCAUAUUUCCACCCUCAUAUCGCCGUUGGAGUACGGUGUUCCAGGACAGGGCUUCUCGGUACCAACGCUGGAGGACACGAGGGUGCGACGAAGGUGUAGACUCUCCACACUCAAGUACCACGGCAAAUGAAGGACAACAGCAAGACGGACCGCCAGACGAGGACAUGGAAUUCGAUGAAUGCGCCACAGACGUGUACAGGACAGAGGAAGUUUCAACACAAACAGAUGAAAGUGGCAGUGGUGUUACGGCGUCUGGCGUUUUCCUCAGCUGUCUGCUGAAUUCGACUUACUGUGAGGCAUCUGUGCAAUGCAACCACCUUCCGGUGCCCCAGAAGGAGACACGUGAGAGAGGCACUGAAACUAUAAACGUAGACCAGCUUCAGCCUCGGGGAUUCCGUGGCUACGAGUCUGUGAUGCCUGAAACUGACGGUGGCGAAGUCCUAAAAGAUCUGACAGGAACAUCAGCCGCCUGCUUUGCAGUCCUUCUUGGAUUGUUCACACAGUCCAGGACACCACGUAUGACAGACAUCAGUCUUGAAAGUCGCCUUCUUCUCUUCCUCAUGAAAAUGAAGCACGCCCUCACAUUUGCUGCACUAGGUGCCCUCUUUGGUGUGCACCGCACUACAGCUUCUCGGACUUUCUACUCCAUCCUGGACACAUUGUAUGCGAAGACCCAAGGGUGGUUGAUGUGGUUCCCAAGAGACGUAGUGCAGGAAACCAUGCCCGCCCUCCUUUUGCGAAAAGUAUCCAAUGUGCAGGGUGAUCAUUGACUGCA